CAAGACUAAAUUUUCCUCUGCUGUUCUUCUCCUUCCUCUUCUCUUUCUGUAAAUUGGGAAAUCUCUCCUCAAGUAAAAGCAAAGAAAAGAAAAAGGAAAAGAGAGAAAAAUUAAGAUCAGCAAUGACUACUACCACUAAAGAGUUAUUGGGCUCUUCUUUUCUCCAAAGAUCAUUUGCAAUCCCAUCAACAAGCUCUUUACUGCUUCAUAGAUCAGAUCACAAGAAGUUAUGUUUCUCUCCUUCCUUUGUUCCUAUGACACAAAGAAGUAGUUCUUUUAAAGUUAAGAAGCUGGUGAGACAUCCGGUGAAGGCCGUCAUCAGUGAAAAGAUGGUGGUAAGCCCUGUUGCUGCUGUUGAGCCACCGGUGAAAUUCAAAGUCCGGGCUUCAGUUACAGUCAAGAGAAAGAUGAAGAAAGAUUUAAAAGAGAACAUUUUCAAUUACUUUGAUGCCUUCUCUGAUAAGAUUGGAAGGAACAUCGCCUUGGAGCUUGUUAGCAAUGAGAUAGAACCAAAGACAAAGAAGCCGAAGAUUAGUAACAAAGCCGUGCUUAAAGAUUGGUUCGAGAAGAAAAAUGUAAAAGCCGACCGUGUUGUUUACACGGCCGAGUUCAUCGUCGACUCUAGCUUCGGCAUGCCGGGUGCUAUCUUGAUCACAAAUAAGCAUCAAAUGGAAUUCUACUUGGAUAGCAUUGUCAUUGAAGGUUUUGCUUCUGGUCCUGUGCAUUUCCCUUGCAAUUCUUGGGUUCAAUCUACCAAAGAUCACCCUAACAAAAGAGUCUUUUUCAGUAACAAACCUUAUUUGCCGUUCGAGACUCCGCCGGGGUUGAAAGCAUUGAGAGAUAUAGAGCUAAGGGAGCUAAGAGGUGAUGGAACCGGAGAGCGAAAACUUACUGACCGGGUUUAUGAUUAUGCAACCUACAAUGACUUAGGCAAUCCGGAUAAGGGUGUAGAUUAUGUCCGACCAAUUCUUGGAGGAGAUGCAAUGCCAUAUCCGAGAAGAUGUAGAACUGGACGUUCCCCAACUGAUUCAGAUAUGAGGGCUGAGAGUAGGGUGGAGGAUCCAUUGCCAGUUUAUGUGCCAAGAGAUGAAGCAUUUGAAGAAGAGAAACAAGAGAUGUUGAUAGCUGGAGCAAAGAAAGCAUUGUUACAUAUUAUAGUACCUUCUUUGGUUGCUAGUUUUGCUCCUGAAAGCCGUGAUUUUAAGGGAUUUCAUGAUAUUGAUAAUCUUUUCAAAGAAGGGCUUCGUUUGCAGCAAAGCUUGCAAGAUCAUCUUUUCAAGAAGCUCCCUUUGGUUGGACAACUCCCUCAGUCUGGUCAGGCUAUGCUCCUUUAUGACACUCCUGAUAUUUUAUCAAAGGAUAAGUUUGCUUGGUUACGAGACGAUGAGUUCGCCCGGCAAGCUCUUGCCGGAAUUAACCCGGUUAAUAUUGAGUGUCUUAAGGUAUUCCCUCCCGUGAGCAAGCUUGACCCCUCCAUCUAUGGCCCACCCGAAUCAGCCAUCAAAGAAGAGCACAUAAUUGGCCAUCUCCACGGCAUGUCCGUACAGCAGGCAUUGGAAGAGAAGAAACUUUUCAUGCUGGAUUUCCACGACACGUACCUGCCAUUCAUUGAUCGGAUCAACACGCAAGACGGCCGAAAAGCCUACGCAACUCGGACCAUAUUCUACCAAACACCUCUCGGCACCCUUAAACCCAUCGCCAUCGAACUUAGUCUCCCUCCCGCCACCCACAACUGCAAACGCGCCAAGCGUGUUUUCACUCCUCCCAUCGACGCCACCACCACCUGGCUCUGGCAACUCGCCAAAGCCCACGUCUGCUCCAACGACGCCGGUGUCCACCAACUCGUCAAUCACUGGUUAAGAACACACGCAUGUGUGGAGCCAUUUAUACUAGGUGCGCACAGGCAACUCAGUGUAAUGCACCCAAUCUUCAAGCUUCUCAAGCCACACAUGCGUUACACGCUGGAAAUCAACGCUAUGGCUCGCCAAAUCCUAAUCAACGCCGGUGGUGUUAUUGAGUCAGGCUUCACGCCUGGCCCAUGUUGCAUGGAGAUUAGUGCUGCUUUUUACCGCGAUCAUUGGCGGUUCGAUCAAGAAGCCCUUCCUGCUGAUCUAAUCCGACGGGGAAUGGCGGUGGAGGAUCCAAGCCAACCACAUGGUUUAAAGCUGUUAGUCAAGGACUACCCUUACGCGAACGAUGGUUUACUUCUCUGGACCGCGAUUCAAAAGUGGGUCCAGUCGUAUGUGGACCGGUACUACCCGAACCAAGCCGCGGUUCAGACCGACACUGAGUUGCAGUCUUGGUACGCGGAGUCAGUCCACGUGGGACACGCGGAUAAACGCCACGCGUCCUGGUGGCCGAAGCUAACCAGCCCGGAUGAACUCGCUUCUUUUCUAACGACUUUGAUUUGGCUCGUUUCGGCUCAGCACGCUGCUUUGAAUUUCGGGCAGUACCCGUUGGGUGGUUACAUACCGAACCGGCCGCCUUUGGUUCGAAGACUCGUUCCGGUCGAGGGUGACCCGGAAUUUGACCAUUUUCGGUCUGAACCGCACCGGUUUUUUUUGUCGGCACUGCCGAGUCUUAUCCAGGCGACUCAGUUCAUGACGGUGAUUGACACGCUGUCAACUCACUCGACGGAUGAGGAGUAUAUAGGGGAGAGACGACACCCGUACACGUGGACGGGUGAUGAGGAGAUCGUGGAGAGGUUUCAUGAAUUUGCGAGUGAGAUUAAAAGGAUCGAACGGGAGAUAGAUAGGAGGAAUUCUGAUCCAACGCUCAGGAAUCGUUGUGGGGCUGGUGUGUUGCCGUAUGAGUUGAUGGCUCCGAGUUCUGGGCCCGGGAUCACGUGCAGAGGUGUACCUAAUAGUGUGUCUAUAUGAUUUUUUUUUCUUUCUUUUUUUAUUUAAAUAGUUAUUAUUAUUAUUAUUAUUAUUUUUUAUAACUCUUUUUGGAUUAAAUGGAGAGUUGUUUAUUGAUGUGUAUAGGUCAAAUGGUUGGUGUUAUUCACUUAUUUGUAACUUGUAAGUAGGAGGGAAUAUUAUAUUUAGACCAAUUGGGGGGUAUUUUGUGGUUGUUUUUAAGUUGAUGUGUCGGAUGGAACAUGGAAGGAAACUUAUUUUAGGAGAAGAUAUUUGAUGAUGUCA